AUGCUUAAGCAGUGGGAUGAAGACUGGCCCAAAUCCAGUGCUGUUGGGACUAACAGGGACACUGCGUGGAAUUGGGGCCAAAAUCACUUCAAGUCCUUCACCUUCCAUCUCUUUAAUUCGGACUCCCCUGCAAGCGGCGCAAACACGAAUCCCGCCCUGAAUCACAAGCUCAAGCCUGGCAGUGGUACUGAGGACAACAUCCGCUGGGUUGUUGGCGCCGUCAAUAUCCUCGAUAAUACAAAGUAUAGAUUCGCCAACGGUAAAAAUGCGAUGCGUGUCAAUUUCGAAUAUGUACCACCAAAAACGCCAACGAAUCCAAAUCCAGAAGUGAACCCAUACAGGGACCAUAUAUUUUGGGAUGAUGCAAGGUCCGCUCACAGCUGCCAAGUCGAAUUCGAUAACACGAUUGCUCAAACGAAGUUGUUGAAAAGAGGAGAGCAACCGACACUCGAAGAAAUGUUUAACAUAACAAGUAUUCAGUCCCAAGAUUAUCUCAGACAGUAG